AUGCACUGUUCACGCAGCAGACCUCCCAGCCAGCCGGGACCCGAGGGGCUGGCCUCUGCUGCCAGAGGACAGGACCACGAGGUUGCCAGGCAGGAGGUGCAGCCGGCCCCGGGGACGGUCAGGGCCCCUGCUCGGAGGCCCAGCUGUGGAGCAGAGAGGGGUGCUGCCGGGGAGGAGAGGACGGGGACAGCGGUCUGCCUGCCCCAGGAAGGCUUCAGUCCCAGGGGCCUGGAGAGUGCCGAGGGGCUGGGCAGCCAGCCAGCGCCCGCCGGCCCCGAGCCCGCUCCUGCUGUGGCUGCCUCGAACCUACUCUAUCAGCCCCUAAACCCGGAGAAAGAGGCAUUUCCGGCCCCUCCAGCAGGCUUCCAGAUGGCGCCGUGCGGCUGCUUCUUUGACCCCCGCAUCUACCGAAUCGAGUGGGCCACCACCGACUUUGGCCAGUCCUCCCUGUACAAGCUGGCGGUGGCUGGCGGCCCCGCCUCGUCGGGCGGCUACCUCCUGGAGCCCCAGCACUACCUCAAGGCCCCCGGGCCGGCCCCGCCACCGUACCCCCACUACCAGCCAGCGCCCGGGGGACCCUCGUACCUCAUGCCCUACUUCCCACCAGAGGGACCUGGGCCGGAGGCCCUGGGCUUCACGGGCGAGGGCGGGCCCCCCAGCUUGGUGGAGCUGCCCCCACCGCUGCUCAAGGAGAGCCUGGUGCCCCCCAAGGAAAGCAAGCCGCCCGUCCCGCUGCCCCCUGAGGCCACGCUGCCCCCCGGCACCUACGGCCCCCUCAAGGGCCACCUCAGCCAGGUCCACGGGUCUGAGGGACCCACACGGCCCAGCGAGGCCCUGGCCCUCCCCGCCAAGGAGCCGCAGGGUGGCAGCGGGGCCGUGCCUGGCCCCGGGGAGGCGGCCCGGCUGGGGACAGGCGAGGCCAAGGCCCCAGAGGCGGCGCGGGCCGUGGUGCUGCCCGACCAGGUGCUGCUGGAGGACGCCAUGAAGCUCUUCGACUGCCUGCCAGGCGGCGCGGAGCCCGAGGCCGCCCCACGCGAGGGACCCCGGCCAGCCCUGCCCGCCGGCAGUGGCAGCGGCCGCAGUGACGACGCCUCCAGGGACAUCCGGUCCCUACACCUGCCCGACGAGCUGCUGUCCUUCGACUACAGCGUGCCCGAGAUCCUGGACACCGUGUCCAACGUGGACUACUUUUUCAACUUCAAGGCGCUUGAUGAGGACCCGCCGCCCCGCCAGGGGCCCCCUGCUGCCGAGCCCGCGGCCCCCGGCCCGCGUUCUGACCCGCCGGGGAAGAAGAAGGCGGCCUCGGCCGUCAGGAAGGGGAAGCCGGGAGCCAAGGGCAGGCAGGCCGCCGCAGCCCCGGGGCCCCUGGGAACCGCCCCCCCAUUAAAACAGUUUUGCUCUCUCAACUUGGCGUCCCCUUGGGGCCCAGGUCAGGAGGCUGUGUGCGGGUACGGCCCCUUGCCCCCUUGUCCGGGGAAGGCAAGGCUGUGCUCUGAGGUGGUGAGGCCCAGAGCGUGGGGUCCUCGGGAGCGGGGACGCUGCAGGCAGACCCCCGCGUUGUAA